CAAGGGAAGAAUGUGAAGGUGCCGAUUAUGAUGGGGACGGCAUCGAAUGAAGGGACAGUCUUCACCCCCAACAUCACCACCCCCCAGCAGUUCACCACCUUCUUCUCCAACAACUACCCUCUCCUCGCUGCCACAGAUACCACCUCCGUUUUGUCGCGCUACACCCCUCCCAAUUUCAACACAACCCCCUAUUUCAACCCCCCUAACCGACCACCCUUCUACGGAGUCUUGGCAACCGCCUAUGGAGAAAGCACAUUCAUCUGCCCCCAGACAAAUGUCCUGAAUUACCUCUCUGUUGACAACACUUCCUCCCUAUGGGCAUACCGGUACAACGUCCACGACGACGAAAACACCCGCGACGGGCUGGGGGUUCCCCACCUGUGGGAUGCGGGGGCGAUUUGGGGACCGGGAAGUCUCAAUUCUUGGGAUCGGACGGGGAGUUACAGGACGUAUAACAAGGAACUGAUCGAAAGGGUGAGGGGGUAUUAUUUUGGGUUUGUCAAGUAUUUUGAUCCGAAUAGGGGGAGGUUGGGAACCGAGCCGGAGUGGGAGGGGUGGGUUGGGGGGAAUGAGACCACAGGGAGGAGAUUGCUGUUUGAGACGGAGGGGACGAGGAUGGAGGUUUUGGAACAGGAAGAGAGGGAGAGAUGUGGGUUUUGGUUGGGUUUGGGGGAGGGGAGGAUGGAGCAGAGGUGA